AUGGCCAAAGGCGAGGGCGCAGAGAGCGGCUCAGCCACCGGGCUGCUCUCCCCGGGCAUCCUCCGGGGUGAGGAGAACCGUCGGACCCAGAAAGGUGGGAAGAAACAACUGAGCAUCUGCAGAAAGCUCUGCUAUGCUGUAGGGGGUGCUCCCUACCAGAUCACUAGCUGCACCCUGGGCUUCUUCCUUCAGAUCUUCCUGCUGGAUGUGGCUCAGGUGGGCCCCUUCUCUGCUUCCAUCAUUCUGUUUGUGGGCCGUGUCUGGGACGCCAUCACUGACCCCUUGAUAGGAUUUUGCAUCAGCAAAUCUUCCUGGAGCCGUCUGGGCCGUCUAAUGCCCUGGAUAAUCUUCUGCACGCCACUGGCUGUGAUCGCCUAUUUUCUCAUCUGGUUCGUUCCUGACUUUUCCAGUAAUCAGGUUUGGUGGUACCUGAUCUUCUAUUGCCUGUUUGAGACGCUGGAGACGUGUUUCCACGUUCCAUACUCGGCCCUCACCAUGUUUAUCAGCACAGAACAGAGCGAACGUGACUCGGUCACAGCAUACCGGAUGACUGCAGAAGUGCUGGGUACAGUGCUGGGCGCUGCCAUUCAGGGGCAAAUUGUAGGCAAAGUGGACACUCCCUGUAUUCCAGAUCCCGACAUACUUGUGGAGGAGGUGAAUCGGACACAUGCUACCAGCUCCCUGAAUGAUACGAAGAAUGCCUACAUGCUGGCUGCGGGAGUCAUCGCCUCCAUCUACGUUCUCUGUGCGGUCAUCUUGUCUGUGGGGGUGCAGGAGCACAGAGAGCCCUGUGAGAAGAAGGAGCAGCCACCUUCUUUUUUCCGAGGGCUCCGACUGGUCAUGAGCCAUGGCCCUUAUAUCAAACUCAUUGCCAGCUUCUUGUUCAUCUCUCUGGCUUUCAUGCUGGUAGAAGGAAACUUUGCUUUGUUCUGCACCUACACCCUGGACUUCCGGAAGGAGUUUCAGAAUCUGCUCCUGGCCAUCAUGCUCUCGGCCACUCUUACCAUCCCCAUCUGGCAGUGGUUCCUGACCCGGUUUGGCAAGAAGACGGCCGUGUAUGUGGGGAUCUCAUCAGUUGUCCCCUUCCUCAUCUUGAUUGCCCUGAUGGAGAGUAACCUGAUCGUCACCUACGUGGUGGCCGUGGCUUCAGGGGUCAGCGUGGCCGCUGCCUUCCUCCUGCCUUGGUCUAUGCUGCCCGACGUGAUUGAUGACUUCCAUCUAAAGCAGCCCAACGCCAGGGGACACGAACCCAUCUUCUUCUCCUUCUACGUCUUCUUCACCAAAUUUGCCUCCGGUGUCUCCCUGGGCAUCUCUACUCUCAGCCUUGACUUUGCAGGUUAUUUGACAAAUGGCUGCUCCCAGCCCGAAACGGUCAAGUUCACUCUGAAGAUUCUGGUGACUGGUGUCCCCAUCGGCCUCAUCCUUUUGGGUCUGUUUGUAUUUAAGCUGUAUCCUAUUGAUGAAGAAAAACGUCGGGAAAACAAAGCCCUGCAGGCGAUCAGGGAAGAAGCAGGAAGCGCCGGCUCUGACACGGACUCUACAGAACUGAUCACCAUCCUCUAG